AAAUCGUAUAAUAAAUUUAAAUUUCUUUUAUUUCUUCACUUGAGAUAAAUAUUUUUCUUCUAAAUAAUGCAUAAUGCAUGCGUGUAGUUUAACUAAAGAAAAAUAAGGGUCUAUUUGUUUGGAAGGAAAAUAUUUUCUGGAAAAGGUUUUCAGGUUUUUUCGUUGUUUGUUUGAUUGAAAAUAUUUUCCCAAAGGAAAAUCAAUUACAAAAGACGGGAAAAAGAACCCUUAAUUUUGAAAAAUGUCUUACCGUUUCAGGAAAAUUAGAAGAGCACAGAUUUUCUUUUGUUUCAGUUCCACCAUUAAAAAUGACCAUUUCUUCUCUUCUCUUCUAUUCCCCUUUCUUCUUUCUUCUUUGUUUCCGCUGCGAAAGGGUACCUUCAAAUAUUUAUUAAAUGCAAUUGUAUCUCCCAAGUUCAAAUUUUUUAUUCAAACUUCCAUGCCUUUUUGUUUAUCUUCUGUAGUUACUUAUCCAUGUAGAGUUUGCAGAAAGUUUCGUGUUCUAGCUCGUUUUUCUACUUCAUGUGCUCUAAAUACAGUAGAUUACUUCAAAGAAAUCGAUACCCAUGUUUCCAACUAUCCUGAAUUACGACGGAGGAUGCAGAGUUAUGCUAUCUCAGGUGACUUUAGCAAUGCUUUCUCUACUCUAAAUUUGAUGAAAAACAUUGAUGGGAAACCAACUGUGUAUGAUUGUAAUGCUUUGAUGUACUUUUACUUGAAGUCUAAGAACGCGUGUUGGCAAGAGUUGGUAGAAAUGUAUACCGGGAUGAAGAGAUUUGGUCCUCCACCAGUUGCAUCCACUUUUAAUACCCUUCUUAAUGGAAUGUUACUUCUUGGUGAUCUGAAACAUGCAAUUUUUAUUGUUGAAGAGAUGUAUAGAAAUCAUUUUGUGCCAUCCUUUACUUCUUUAUCAAAAACUUUGAAAAUGGCUGUCAAAGUAGGGAAUUUACUUGAUGGUCUUCUUGUUUCUGAGCUCAUGUUGAGUGGAAGGGGGAAAGUCCUUGCUUUCGGGAGCAUCGAUUUUAUUAUGAAGUUCAAGCAGAAAGCUUCAGCAGCUUCAGCCUUCAAAUCUGUUCUUGGGAAAGCAGCAGAACAGUAGGAUGUGCCUGACAAACUACAGCAACUGAGGGAGAGGAUGACCAAAAGUGCGAGACCUUUUCCGGGAUUCCAAUUCCACAAUUAUAGUAACCAUACCAUCAGUAAGACCUUGAUUUUACUUUCUUGUCGACAUGGUGCAACUUUUAACGUUGUGGCUACCUUUCUCUGUGUACUGAUCAAUCAAAUAUUUGUGCCGUUUUUAGAUUAAAAUAUCUUCUUAGCUUGUUGACUAGGUACUGUACUUGUAGCUGAGUUGGAAGAUAGUUAGCAAGACUCUUUGGCAGCUAUUUUGCCUGUAGAACUACUAACAAUGCAUUAUUAGUUUUUGCAUAA